AUGGGAAAACCACAACUUUCUAAAGGAAUGACUACAAAGAUGAGCCUUGACAAACACAGAUGGAUAUCUAUCCCCUUCUCAUCCAUGUACUUCCUCACCAUCCUUGGGAACUGCACCAUCCUCUUCACCAUCUCCACAGAGCGCUCCCUGCACAAGCCCAUGUUCCUGCUCCUCUGCAUGUUGGCCCUCACAGACCUAGGCAUGUCCACAACCACCAUUCCCAAGGUGCUCUGCAUCUUCUGGUUUGGCCUGAGCAAGAUCAGUUAUGAAGGCUGCCUGGUCCAGCUGUUUUUCAUCCACUCCAUCUCUGCUUUGCAGUCUGCCAUCCUAAUGAGCAUGGCCUUUGACCGCUAUGUGGCCAUCUGUGAGCCCCUGCGCUAUGCCACCAUCCUGUCCAAUAGUCGCAUUGGGCUCAUUGGCCUAGUAAGUUUAGUGAGAGCCAUCCUGUUCAUUAUCCCAAUGCCCAUCCUCCUUCAGAAAAUGCCCUUUCAUGCCAAUCGUGUCAUCCCCACCACCUACUGUGAGCACAUGGCUGUAGUGAAGAUGGUGUGUGUGGACACCACAGUCAACAGGAUAUAUGGUCUCGUGGUGGCCUUGUUGGUUGUUGGGCUAGACAUCUCAGCUAUUGCCUCAUCUUAUGUGCUAAUCAUCCGGGCUGUACUGCGGCUCUCUUCUAAAGAAGCCCACCACAAAGCAGUUAACACCUGCACCACACACAUCUGUGUCAUGCUUAUUUCUUACACUCCCUCGCUUUUCUCUUUUCUCACUCACCGCUUUGGUCAGGGCAUUCCACCCCACAUCCACACCAUUCUAGGCAACCUCUACUUCCUUGUACCUCCAAUGCUCAAUCCUAUUAUUUAUGGAGUGAAAACCAAGGAGUUUCAGGAAAAAGUGACCAAACACAUAUGCUGGAGGAAGAAGCCCAUAACCAUUACCCAGGGUCGGAAUCCUGACUGA